UCACGAAAAUCAGAUUUGGCUUGCAUCAUUUUCCCUCCUAAGGUCUUCCGGUUGUUGGAGAAACCACUGCACGAGUUCCACGGUCAUGAAGGUGAAGUUUUGGAUGUCUCUUGGUCAAAGCAUAAUUAUCUGUUGUCAUCUUCAGUUGAUAAAACUGUCCGGCUAUGGCAAGUUGGACAUGACUGCUGCUUGAAAGUUUUCUCACACAGUAAUUACGUGACAUGCAUACAAUUCAAUCCCGUGGAUGAUAAUUAUUUCAUUAGCGGAUCAAUAGAUGGAAGAGUGCGCAUUUGAGGAAUUCCUGAUUGUCAUGUUGUUGAUUGGACCGAUGUCAAGGAAAUUGUCACCGCAGUAUGCUAUCAACCUGAUGGACAAGGAGGAAUUAUCGGGUCCAUGACAGGAAAUUGUCGGUUUUAUAGUGUAUCAGAUAAUCACUUUCAGAUGCAAUCACAAAUAUGCUUACUUGGUAAAAAGAAAUCUCCCGGGAGAGGAAUAACUGGCUUUCAGUUUCUUCCACAAGAUAGUAACAAAGUUAUGGUUACCUGUGCUGAUUCACAAGUCAGAAUCAUUGAAGGGCUUAAUGUUGUUUGCAAAUUCAAAGGCCUUAGUGCAGGGAGCCUAAUGUCGGCGUCUCUUACUUCGGAUGGAAAACACAUUUUAUCAGCGUCUGAAGACUCCAAUGUAUAUCUGUGGAAUGUUAGUGACGACGAGUCUCACACCAUGAAGGCUAAGAAGAUUAAGUCCUGCGAGCGGUUUUAUUCAAACGCAUCUGUCGUAGUACCAUGGUGUGGUUUGAAAUCCGACAACAUUGAAAAUUCUAAACUAUUGUUUGUCCUAAAUAAAAUUUCACCCCAAGCUCUAUGCCUCGAUCCACCGUCUUCAUUUUCUCUAAGCCAAGAUUUUUUCUUGGAUUCUAUCCCGAAAGGUUCCGCAACUUGGCCCGAAGAGAAACUUCCUACUUCAAGAGGCUCCGGAUUUGGAUGUGUACAAGUGCGGUGGAUGUGGCACGACUCUUCAAGCUAAGAAAAGAAAAAGUAAAGCUGCGAACUCAGAAUCCAGCUCAAAUGAGAUUGAUGCAACUCCAUGAAAUGCAUCUACUGCUAAAAGAUACAUUUGAUGAUAUAGAAGUCAAUAACAUCAGUUUGAAGAUUAGUGAUUCACUGGGAGAUUUGACUAAAUCUCCAACCAACAAUAGUUCAUCACACUUGAUUGAAAAGAAUCAGAAACGUCAAAUUGAGGGCCCUAUACUGGUACUUCGGGGGCACCGCAGUGAAAUAAUCAGUUGUUGUGUUAACUCAAAUCCCGGAAUAGUUGUUUCUUGCUCUCAUUCAUCAGAUGUUCUCUUGCACUCCAUUAGAAGAGGACGUUUAAUUAGAAGAUUGGAUGGUGUGGAGGCCCAUAUUGUCUGUCUUUCAUCUGAAGGGGUUGUAAUGACUUGGAAUGAAUCACAGCAUACUCUCAGUACCUUUACUCUCAACGGUACUCCAAUUACAAGAGCACAAUUCUCCUUCUUUUGCAGUAUCAGCUGCAUGCAAAUUUCUGUUGAUGGGACAAGUGCUUUGAUCGGAGUUAAUUCUCUAG